CAUGGCAAAUUCAUGGUUGGUUGGAGUUAAAAGAGGGAGAGUGACAAACAAGAAGAAGAAACCUGCUAAGAGUUUGCAGUAAUAGAUAGCGAGCAACAAAGAUCUAGUUUGGUUUCGGAAUCCUUAUCCGUGAGAGAAAGGGGACUCCUCGUUGAAUUAGAAACUUAGGGUUGGUGAACGAUUUAAGUACGGAACCCUCGUUCUUCUUUAGCCGCAAAGAUAUCACAUCAGAUCAGAUCAUCGCUCCGUUGAAGAUAUGGAAGAGAUGCGUUCUUAUGACCUUCAAGUGUUGCAAAGAAACCGAGGCUUGGGGGGGGGACAUGCUUCUCAUCAGACUAAAGUUGUUCAAGGCAACAGCCAGCCAAUUUAACAGCAGUUCUUAUGAAGAAUGUCAUCAAGUAGCUGUAAGACGUUAUGGGAUCAGUUUUUCAGAUAUGAAGCGGUAUUUAUCAUCAUCAUCAUGGAAUGAAAACGGGUUUACACGAAAAAUAUCUGAAACUCUUACAAGCAUGGGUGCCCCUCAUGAUUUACUGCCGGCUAUUUUUCAAACAUUGUCUCAGGUGGUUGAGGCGGCCGUCUCUGCCCACCAUAUUGAUGUGGGUGUUUGCGAAACCACUUACCUCGGGGACGGGGAGGGCGCGGGCGCAGGCGGAGGCGGUGGAGAUGUUGGAGAUGUUGGAGGUAUUGGAGGUGGAGGUGGAGGUGGAGUUGGAGUUGGAGGUGUUGUAGUUUUAGGUCUACGUGUAGGUGGUGGAGGUGGAGGUGGAGGUGGAGGUGGAGGUGGAGGUGGAGGUGGAGGUGUUGGAGGUGGAGAUGGAGAUGUUGGAGGUGUAGUUGGAGAUGUUGGAGGUGUAGUUGGAGAUGUUGGAGGUGCUGUUCGAGCUGGAGAUGGAGAUGUUGGAGGUGUAGGUGGAGAUGUUGGAGGUGCUGUUGGAGUUAGAGGCGGAGGUGUAGGUGGAAUGAUUCCUGCGAUUAAAUCAUCAAUUGAUGGUUUGGAGCAAGUGACAGUUGAUAUUACUAUUAUCACACAUUCACCCUCGUGUUCUAUUUGUUUGGAGGAUUUUGCAGCUUUUGUAGAUUAUCAACAAGAACCGAUUACUCGGUUGCCCUGCGGACAUCAUUAUCAUGUACAUUGCAUUGUGCAGUGGCUGGAGUUCAGCCACCUAUGUCCUCUCUGCCGAUACCAAAUGCCAACUCAAGAUGAUCAGUCAAAUUGAGGAGGGAGCCAAGCCAGCAUUGCUCAUUGAUCAAAACAGCACCCCUAUGGCAUGCCAAGAGGUGCUAGCUGCUGUCUUCUUACUUGUCUUCUUAAUAAUUAGCUGCUAAUGUAACAAUUUAAUUUAUUUUCAGUGCAUCAUCUUUUAUUUUAUUUUGUUGGGAAUUUUGUAGGUGACAUUGGGCUU